AUGCGGAAUCGCAUACUCUAUUAUCUCAGCUUAAGUGCAGUAAUUAUUACGGCACUAAUCCUACUUUGUGUUAAUAUUCCGUUCCUACAAAAGAAAGAUAGUUCUGAAGAUGUUAAAAGUGCUGAGUUGAGCUCCCGCAGUCAGAGAGAUAGAAACAAGCAAGACAAGCCGCAAGACAACCGUAAAAGUCAAGAAACUGAGGAUUACAUUCUUCACCCAGCCAAUUUAUGCUUGAGAGGAAAUUCCCAGCUUCAGCUUGACUACUUAGUUUUGAUCUUCUCUGCUCCCAAUGACUUUGACCAGAGGAACGCCAUUCGGGAAACUUGGGCUUCUGAGCUGAAGGAACGGUCGAACAGCCGUGUGGCGUUCCUCCUAGCGAGGACCAAAGAUGAUAGGGUGCAGCGCGCCAUUGAGAGUGAGUCGUACCUGCAUGCCGACAUCGUCCAGGGGACACACAUCGACCACUACAAAAAUCAAACUCUCAAGAUGAAGAUGAUGAUGAAGUGGGCCCUGCAAUACUGUCCCAAUAUAUCUUUCCUCUUCAAGUGCGACGAUGAUACGUUCGUAAACGUUGGAAACCUUCUGAACGCAAUGAAGGACAAGCGUACCGAUGCGAUCUAUGGUGAUUUAUAUAUAAAUGAGAGGCCUCAUAGAGAUCCGUCCUCGAAGUAUUACGUGUCGGAGAAGGAUUACAACGGAAUCACAUUUCCGCCCUUUGUAACUGGAACCCUGUACAUGCUGGGCGGAAGCAUCCUCCGCCGUCUCUACGAAGCUUCGGAAGUGGCGACGUUCGUCUGGUUAGAAGAUGUGUUUCUCACCGGAUUUGUCGCCCAAAAAGCAGGAGUGGAUCUUAUCGAUGAAACAGCGAUUACAAGCGUCGACAUGAAGUCUGCGUGUGGUGUGCUCUCAAGACUCAACGCUCCGUCCAUGACCCCAAAAAUGAUGAGACUGUUUUGGUAUCAAAUACAUUCUACUAUAAUGAAAUGUGCGUGA